AUGGCCACCGAAGCUCCCAAGGAAAAUGGAACCACUCACGUUGAGGACGACGGUGUCACGAAGAAAACAACCCUGGGCCAGAAGCUCAAAAGGCACUGUGCGCGGUUCUGGUGGCUCCAUGCCUUGAUCCUCAUCGCCGUUGUCCUGGUCAUUGUGCUUCCAAUCAUCUACGUCGGCUAUCCUCGUCUCUCCCAAAAGGAAGUCAACAAAUCGGUGCUGAACAUCACAUCGAUGUCACUGUCUGACCCGGCACCGGAUGCGUUUAGUCUAGAACUCAACAGUGUUCUCACCACCACAUCCAAAUAUCACCCUGAACUGGCCGCGUUCAACGGGUCGUUGCAUCUCAAGGACAGUGAUGCCGCAUUCGCGUACCUCGAUAUUCCAGAGGUGAAGGCCGACAAUGGCACGGAGAGCCACGUCAACCAACGUGUCCAGAUUGCCGACAUGACGGAGUUCACCAAAUACACGAUGACUGUGCUGGGGACCGAAGAGUUCUCGAUCUACCUCAAGGGCAGGGGCGGCCUUCAGCAGGGCGGCCUCCCAAAGACUACCGUCAACUACAACAAAGAAAUCACCAUGCAAGGCAAGUACCCGCCCACAGGACUGAACAGCCUGAAAGGCUUCAACCUGACAGAAUUCAACAUCCUGACAAGCGAACAAGAAGACGGCGCGAACGCGAACGGGACAAUCUCGAUCCCGAACCCGUCCGUCGUGAGCGUCGAACUGGGCACCGUGACACUAGACAUGUCCGUGGCCGGGAUGCCCGUCGGAGUCGCCACGAUCCAAGACCUGGUGCUGCGACCGGGGAAUAAUCUCUUCGAGAUGCGCGCCGUCACGAAUCAAACGACGGUCGUGACGAUGAUUUUCACCGACUACAAGGACGGCAUCUUGCCGAUUGACGUCGUGGGGAACUCGACCACGUUCAAGAAUCAGUCGCUUCCGUACUAUGAGAAGGCGCUGCAGUCGAAUAAACUGAGGCUGAAUCUUGACGUGAUCGAUGCUUUGGAGCGGGCUGGCUUAGCAGGAUUGUUGGGCAUCAACACUACUACCAAGGCUUAG